AGCAGCAGCAGCAGCAGCCAGCGUAAACAGCAGCAGCAGUUCUCAUCUGCCAUCCGAACGUCAAAGAGCGUCACCUUUGGUCCAGACGUCGGGUUCGUGGCUGGUGUGGACAGGAUGAGCAGUCGGUUGACGGGAUUGGAUCCCAACACGACAGAGAAGCUCCAGGUCAACAGCUACGCCCCCGGAGAGCACUUCCACCUGCAUCACGAUGCCUACUACACUGGGAUGCCAACAGAGUUGACUGACGUCGAGGAAGGAGGCAGGACCGUGUUCCCGGCCCUGGGACUCAGUGUGAAGCCCAGGAAGGGAUCGGCUCUGCUCUGGUUCAACCUCAGGUCGGACGGGAGACCCGACCUGAGGACACUGCACGGCGGCUGUCCGGUCAUCCGGGGAUUCAAGUGGAUCGCCAACAAAUGGUUCAACAUCAAGAGUCAAAUGUUUCGUCGGCCGUGCCGUUUGCAAUACGACGAGGACGACGAUUAAUAAUACUGUACAGUAUAACAAUAGGCACGAUGCUGCUGAUGCUGGUUUUCUUUAGCUAAUGCUGCAUAUCAUCUGAUGCUCCUUCAGCAACGUGUUUGUUUAAUUUCAUUGUUUAUUCAUAUAUGCUCUCUUGUGGGAAUAUAUAUACAUGUGCAAGCAGUACAAUAAUACUGAAUAUAACAGAAGCUUCAUUUCUCAAAUGUUUCUUUUCUCCCGAAUAUUUUCUGAGGAUUUUAGUUUAGAAAAUUAUGGGCGAUGGCGGCAAGCGCACAACGACAGGAGGAAUUUAUUUUUCAAUGCCUUCAGCAUCAUUCAGGGUUAUUUUUUUCAUUUUGCUUUUUCAUUCCAUUGUAAUCCUGCUGGCGAAUGUGAAAAUGAAAAAAUACUCAACCUUGAACGACAA